CGCGUUUAAACUUGUUGUCGAUGCCUACAGUAGUGUUCUCAAGGAGGUCCGCAAUAAUCUCUAUAAAAUCAACCAAAAUUGUUAAUGAUUAGACAAUGUUUUUUGUUAAAGGGAAGCAACUGUAUAUUUCCCGCUCAAAGUGUGAAGCAAAGAGAAACUAAGGUUGACAAUCAUGUCCAAAACCAAAUCCACAUUGAAUUUAGUUGUAGCAGCUUGUAAUAGUAGAGGCAUAGGUAUAAAUGGGAAACUUCCAUGGAGAAUAAGGAAAGAUAUGGACUUUUUCAAAAAGAUUACCAUGGAAACAAAGAACCCAGACAAGAAGAAUGUUGUGAUUAUGGGAAGGAAGACAUGGUUUUCUAUACCAGAAAAGUUCAGGCCACUUCCUAAAAGAAUCAACAUUAUACUCAGCAGAGAAAUGAAAGAAGCUCCACCUGGUGUGUACAUAGCCAGAAGUUUUGAUGACGCUAUCACCAUGGUGAACAAAGACUUGUCAGACAAAGUGGAAUCCAUAUAUGUCAUUGGAGGAAGUUCUAUCUAUAAGGCAGCAAUGGAUUCAGAUUAUGAUAUAAGAAUAUUCCUGACUAAGAUUUUAGCUGAUUAUGAUUGUGAUACAUUCCUUCCACAGUUUGAUGAGAACCUGUACAAGAUUAUAGAAAAUUAUGAAGGAGUACCAAAGGGGAAACAGACAGAAAAUGAUAUUGACUUUAUUUUUGAAGUUUAUGAAAAGGAGAAUAUUAACCAGAUGUGUGAAUUUGAUAUCAUGGCAGCAAUGUGUAGCAACAGAGGAAUUGGAAUGAACAACGAACUUCCCUGGCCAUAUAUAGAGAAAGAUUACGAAUAUUAUACACAGAAAUGUAGCCCAAACACUAAAGGAAAGUACACAGUGUUGAUAAAAGGACGAAUGACAUGGGAAUGCACAAAAGGUCGGGAACGGACAAAUCCUGGCUUUCGGAACGUCAUUAUUUCUCAUUCGAAAAGGGAUCAAUUAGAAUCAGAUGAGUAUGUACAUAAAGUAGCAGACAACUUAGAUGCAGCCUUGAUAUAUGCAAACAAAUUGAAACAAGAAGGAAAAUGUGAACGAGUAUGGGUGCUAGGUGGUCAAAAAGUAUAUGAUAAUGCAGUACACCAUCCCUGUUGUAAGAAAAUAUACCUUACAGAAAUAUACAAGGACUUCCCAAGUGAUACAUUCUUUCCUCUAAUGCCAAGUUGUUUCAAGGAAACUGGGGAGGAAGGAGUUGACCCAGACAUUCAGGAAGAUAAUGGCUUACAAUUUCAGUUUAAAGUUUUCACACAAACAGAAUGAUAAUGUACUUAAGAUUGGCUUUUGAUUUACUUGAUUUAUCGAAAUGCGCAUCUGGUUCAUUAACAUUGAUACCGUUAAUGUUAUUAUAUGUGUAGUUGUCUUACUUGUGCAAUAAAAAAAUUAUAUUUUCA